CCGCUUUAAAGGCUCAAUGAGUAAACAAAUACACGUAAGUAUCGAUAAUUCCACUUCGUCUUUAUGAAAUAUGGGCUCAUAGUUCAAAAGAGUAACGGUGCUAAAGCUCAUCUCUAACUUUAAACACGGAGGUGUGGAAGCUGGAAGGCGGACUGGGUGUUUUAAGUCUUGCCUCCGUGGCCACUGGCCACUCCCUGGUGGCGCCCUGUGGGUCGGGAAACAGCAAGGAGGCGGGAGGAGUCAGGCCGGGUGGAGGACAAGAUCCCCCAUCACACUCACACACUGGCUACAACCGCGCUGGGAGGAGAAAAUGGCUCGCUUGUGGGAGGGCUUUUAUCGUAGGGAUUUGUGAGGGGGCUGUCAGUGAAGCUGCACAUGUGCCCAUGUAAACAGGACAGAGGGUGGAGUCCGUCCUCAGGACAGGCCUGAGCCCACCCAGCUCUGUCUGAGGCCACACUGGUGUUUCUACAGGUAGUCUGAGAAAUAGGGAUUGUUUCUCCUAUUUAUUCACAACACUCCUUCCACAAAACAGUGUGUCGUUUCAUGAUUACACCUGGCUCAGUCUAUACCAUAAUCUAACUCCAUCCAGCAGAAGGUUUUCAGAUCAUUUGCUUGUGCAAAAGUAAGAAUUUAACAUUGUAAAGAAAAUGUCAUAAGUAACCACUGUGCAGCAGAAUGACCCCUGUCAGUGCUACAUUACUAUAUAUUGUUGCAUUAAUUGGUGAUAAUGACAAUUUUAGCUUUUUUUUUUUUGCACACGGUUGAAAAGUUUAGUCCGUCAUAGUUAAUGAGCUUAUUACAGGUUUUGUACAAUUAGACCUUUUCCUAAACUCAAAUAAAUGAAAUGGAAUAGAAAGUGCUGCUCUCAUGCAUAGCAUAGACAAACAUAUGCAAAGCAGUACCUGUGUUAAUGUGAUUCCUUUCCUCUAGGCUACUUCACCAAAUUCCUUAGGUGUGCUAAAGAAGACAGUCCCUUAGAAAUACAUUCAUUCGAGUAUUUGCAUAUGCUUUAAUUAAAACUUUUACAUCUGUGGCAUUACAAGAUGUUGGUACGAUUUUUUAACCCUUAAUGAAGAAAUCGCUAAUUUUUUUUUUUUUGGUUUGUUUGCUUGUUUUUUACAUUAAUAAAUGCUUAGGUUUAUUAGAAGCCAUAAAUGAAAAUGACUUUUGGGUUGUGAAAGCUGUCGAUCACUUACUGAAGAAAAAAAAGAAAAUCCUUAAUGUUUACAAUUUACUGAAAAGGUAUUUUCAAAUCAGUAAAAGUUAGUUAAUGAAGGAUCCUUCUAGUAAAUGUAAAUUCCACAGCUGUCCUAAAAAUAUGACUUAACUGCACUUCAGUUGAAUGUUUAGUUCAACGUCAUCAAGUUAAAUUAACUGAACUGACAAAGCAAGUGAAACAAACUUACGGCAAUGAGGUGAAUCGGUCAGUCAUAUAGGCAACAGUUACAAACUUACCUUAACAUUUCCUAAGUUUUAAGAGUUUCUUCUUGAUUUUCUGUGUAAAGAAGUAGCGAGGCCGCUCCUGGUUACAGUGAGACAUGAUGAAUCUACAGAUGUAGGGACUGAAUUCAGUAAUAAACUUUGUCAUGGCUGUCAUGAUUUAAAGAAACAAUCAUAACUUCAUUUAAUGUGUGUUAAAAACGGACAGCAUGCUUCCAACAUUGUUUCUCAAACCACAAAAAUAAGACUCCCUUGGUAGUUUUAACUCUCUCACAGUGCCUUUAGACAUUUUAAAUACAAUUAACUAGAAAUCCAUCUCUUUAUCUCGAGUAAACUGGAAAAGAUGAGUGGAUUCAAUUAAUUUCCUUUGUGAUGGUUUACAGUGCGCAAACAAAAAGUGUCAAUAAAACAUAAAUGAGGUGGCUGUUCACUUUUAAUAACGCCUCACAGCUGAUAAACACUUGACUUCUUAUGUAAUAUAACCUACUAAAGUACCACUAAUUGAUUCCCAGCUCCAUAUCUGACUGGAUUUCCAUAUUGAAUGUCUCCAAAUCAUAAUGAUAACCUGCUAUAAACCGCUAAACUUGAUAUCGCAGAGCAGAUGCUUUUCCUAUCUUCCAAAUGACUCUGAUGGUCCUGAUGAUUGGAGCUGCAGCUGCUGUCAGGCCUUGACUUGACAUUUCCAGAAACCUGUUUGAGUGUUUUCUGCAGGAUGUGUCGCAGCUGCUUCCCACGCUGGUAAAACUUUUUGUAUUUCAGAUGAGAUGCAAAGUCACUUCCUACAAGCUCCUCAAACCUGCGGUGAUCCGCGCAAAUUCACAGCCCGCUGCCUUCACGACUCGUACUUUUCGGAAGAAACCGGCAGAAAAGCCCUUUAAUCGCUCUUGGGCGGCUGAUAAGCCGAGGCGGCCUGGAUGCAGUUUGACAGUUUGCUGAAGCUGCAGAUGAAGUUUGAGAUAUUUGAACCUGCCUCAACAGGAAACGAGAAAUAGAGCGCCGCUGACGCACAACUGAAACCCGCGUCCAUGAAGUCUGGAUUUUCCCCUCUGGCUCUGUCUUUGUGCCUCAACAGCUUCGGCCCCACCAUGUUGCCUGGCCGUCUGUGAACUGAGGCGAUGGACAGCCCGUCCUCCACAGUGAGGCGGCGAGCCUGGAUCAACAGCAGCCGACAGUGGCCCACUCUGGAGGAACCUGACCGGACGCUGUGCAGCUUUCAGUCGGCCUCCAUAGCAGACGAUGAUGUCUUUUCUGAUGGAUGCUUCACAGGAAAGAUUGAGAACUGGCUCCUCGGCUGUGGGUCAGAUGCCUGCAGAGAGAGCAGCGGUCAGCUGAGUUUUGAGUCUGUGCUACAAGCAAACAACUUUGCUGAUGACCUAAGUCUUGGAGCCGAUGCUUCUGUGUUAAAUAGUGGAGGAAUUACAUCUGAAGCUGGCCGGCCGCGACAUCCCUCCCUCAACCAGCGAAGCAGACUCACCAGUACCCCUCGGCAGGGACUAUGUCUGCCGUCCCUGAACUUGGGCCACAGCAUGGCUUCCAGCUGCCUCUCCUCCUCCACCUGGAGAAGCACAUCAAGUGUAUCAGAGGUCCUGCAGUUGUGCUCAGAGGAUGCCGAGGAGACUCUUUAUGAGCUGGGUUUUGGCUCCGAAGAGCCACAGGUCACUGUGCGCAUCCCUCCUCGCUUCUUCACGUUUCCCUCUCAGGCUCAGGGCAUCAAUUUCCGCCUCUUCCUGGACUCACAGCUGCGACGGAUAAGAGAGGAAGACCCCAGCCUCUCUCUUGCUAGUCGUUUCAGACAAGUGCAAGUGCUCACAGCAAUGGCCAACGCUUUCUAUUCCCUCUACUCCCACGUGUCCCGCACUCCUCUCCAGAAACUGACCACACCAGAGUUUACCUUCUCUUCUCCUGUGGAGAGAAUCGAACGGUUCAGGAGCAACAUUCGCAGCGAGCCGCGGUCUCCGGUGGAGAGGCUGAAGGACACCGUCAACAAGAUGUGCCUCUACACAGGCUCCCCCCGUGGGUCAGACUCCACAUCUCCACAGCCCUCUCCCAGGAAAAGAUCCAGCCUCCCUGAAGUUGUGGAUAUAGUCCUGAAAGUCAAGACUGGGGCUACCAAGAAGCUGGAUUUGGAGGAACAUGACAGGAGUAAUUCAGCUGUGGAUGUUGGGCUGAUCACAGAUGAUGAAAGGUUGUGUUACAGUGGGAAAGAAGUGCAAACACAGCAGACCAUGGCGGAUACAGACAUUCAUCAGAAUGAAAAUAAAAUCUGUCAGAAAAAGAUGCAAGACCAUAAACAAACAGAUAAUGUUAAUAGUGAUGAAAACAGUGUCAAACAAACAGACCUGGACAGGAUGGAUCACAAUGUGAGAACAUCUGUAGCAUCAUCGCUAUCAGGAGGAACUGUGAUAGAAACAGAACAUCCGUUGCUUUCAUGUCCACCAGAACUGCACCCACGUUUGGUUCAAAGUAACUCAAGGACAGCUGAGCGAGAGCUUGUUGCCAAGGCUACAUAUGAUCUAAUCUGUCCGCAGAUAGUCGAGAGUGUACACCAGGCGCCUUUGCGCCAUCAAAACACACACAGUCGGAACAGUUUACUUCAUAUCUCCUCUGGUUUAAAAAGUACAGAUAGAACAUGUUCUAGAUCACACAAACCAAACAGACAAACCACCAUCUCUGAGCCUCAAGAGGACUCAUACACAGACGACAUUGCCUCUUCAGGAGAGGCCACACAGCUGGAUACAUCCACAUCACUUCCUGUCCUGGAGCCCAAUGGCAGCUACACUCAUUACUGUAUCACUGUAACCGGCUGGGAAGAGGAUGAUGUUUCUUUGUGUUCUUUGAACACACCAGAUUCCUGUCAUGCUUCACCUGACUCAUCUGUCCAGACAUGUGCAGAUUCAGUUAAUGAGGGGGAAAGAUGCUACCUGAAUCCUGUGGCACAUCAGGGCCUGAACCAUUUCUCCAAUAACCUUCAGCAGGUUAACUCCUUUGAGCUGGAAGAGGUGCAUAGUGCAGGAGAAGAAGAAAUGGGACAAUCAGAAACUACAAGAACAUCAGCCUUAUCAUUGUCCAAGAAACAACAAUACAAAGGUGAAGUGGUUCGCGGUGACAGCAUGCAGUCCGACAGCAGCGGCUACGCAGACGAAGAAGUCACUCCCUCAUCAGACAGACACAGUAGAUGACAGAAAACCCAUGGAAACAAUUUGCACAGCAGAGUUUCUCAUCUGUGAACCUUUUCCUGCACUGAAGAUUUAAGGUUGUAAAACUAGCGAUUGUGAAAGUGCUUCAAAGCAAGGACUUUUAAGUCAAACAGCUCCAAAACAUGAAAAUGUCAAAUAGACUGUAAGGCUGACAUGAAGUUUUCAGAAGCUCUACACUCAAGAAGCUUUUCUUCUAAUAAGAAAAGUUUGAAGCAAAGCAUUACGUUUUUCACAAGUGCUCAUACUAAACACAGAAUAUUGUCAUUAAUCCUUCUUAUAAAUAAGUCAAAGGUUUUAAAGAAACAGUGUGGAGCAUAUGUUACCAUGUGAAGGAAUGUAUUGAAUUCAUUACAACAGCAGUAAAAUGGACAAAAAAUGUUUUAUUGAAAACAA